CUUGCUUUUAAAUCGACUCUCCGCGCGAGUUUCCUUUGUCGUGUGCGCAGUACUCUGCGCAGUAAACAAGCUGCUCGAGUACGUGCGGAAGGUGUGUUGUUAAAUCGAACUGAUUAAAUCUCGCGUCGAUCGUCUGUGUUUCUUCUUCUCGUCUCGUGAAAAACUCAGUCACGUACAAUCGCGUGCAUUCCGCGUAGGUAUUCGCAAUGCAUUAAACGGAUGUAUUCUAUCCGAAAUAGGUUAUGUCGAGGCUAGGAAAAAAACAGCAGUGGCGCUGCGGACAUAUCAUGACACGAGUAUAAUUAAAAUCAAUGUAACAGUGCAGUGUUUCAAGAAAGACUAUUUUCGGGUGCAUUUUUCAACGCGUCUGUUGGACAAGAAAUGUCGAACGGAUUGACAAUGUUGAAUAAUGACAAAGGCACCAACGAAACAAGUAUAAAACUCAAACACUGCAACACAUCCACGAUCGGUGCUACCACUUCUGCAUCUCCCACAGAGGGAUUGCAGGAGGGACAUUUGAUAGGGAUGGAGCAGCCAAAUAUCUCGAGACCGAUCUUGAAAAGACCUGCAGAAUCAGAACCUGAAGGUACAACCAACCCAAAAAAGCGUCACAAGAAUCCACAGCCGAAAAAUGCAGUAUGCGCCCUGAACGAAUUAAAAACUGGUGCGGUGUACAAGGUUGUUGAUCAAACUGGUCCUACACAUGCUCCGAUAUUUACAAUAGCUGUACAAAUAGAUGGACAAACUUACGAGGGCAAGGGACGUACUAAGAAAAUGGCGAAACAUGCUGCUGCUGAGCUUGCCCUAAGAAACAUCAUUCAGUUUAGGAAUACGCCAGAAGUUCAUCAAGCAAUUAAUACUUGCCAACCUUCUAUUCCUCUUGAACCAGAUUUUACGAGCGAUGUUACAGAACGUGAUAAUCAUCUAGUCAACGCUUUCAAAACUUUGACCCAAGAGCCAAAGAGCACAAAUAAAUUUUUAGAGAAAGGACCUGUGGCUCUUAUUAAUGAAUUAUAUCCCGGUGUAGUGUACAAAUGCGUGUCUGACAAUGGAGAAAGUUAUGCGAAAUUUACGAUAUCGGUAACAAUCGAUGGAGAAACAUUCGAAGGAACUGGACCAAGUAAAAAAUUAGCGAAAGCUGCGGCAAGCAAAGCAGCGCUGGCCAAAUUAAGGAACGUUCACAGUUCCUCGUUCUGUAUACCGCUUCCGGUUCGCGUGUUGCCGAACUUUUCCAGUAGCGGCCAUUGGCAAGAUCAAAUGACGUUACCUCAAAUGUUAGCUGACAAAAUUGGAAAGAUGGUAAACCAAAAAUUUAGCGAAUUAAUUCAAUCGAAACCGCAACAUGCUCGUCGUAAAGUUUUAGCUGGCAUUGUUCAGACUAAAGGUUCGGAUGCAGACCUGAUAUGUGUAACAACUGGUACAAAAUGUGUUUCGGGAGAGCACCUUAGCGUCAGCGGUGGUGCUUUAAAUGAUUGUCAUGCCGAAGUCGUUGCAAGAAGAUGUUUGUGCGAAUAUUUGUAUAAACAAUUAGAGCUUCAUACAGAGGAUCACGGAGCGGAAUCUAUUUUAGAACCGGCAAAAAAGGGUUUCAAACUAAAGCAAGGGAUUCAAUUUCAUUUAUACAUAAACACCGCCCCAUGUGGUGAUGCCAGAAUUUUUUCACCUCACGAGGAGAAUGAGUCUGUCGACAAACAUCCAAAUCGAAGAGCAAGAGGUCAAUUGCGAACUAAAAUAGAGUCUGGAGAAGGUACCAUUCCUGUAAAGAGCAGCGAAGGUAUUCAAACAUGGGACGGUGUGCUCAUGGGCCAAAGACUGCUGACGAUGUCGUGUUCGGACAAAAUAGCUCGGUGGAACGUACUUGGUGUGCAAGGUGCACUUCUAAGCCACUUCAUCGAGCCAAUUUACUUCCACAGCAUCGUUCUUGGCAGUCUAUUGAACCCAAGCCAUAUGUACAGAGCGGUCUGCGGACGUAUUGAAAACACUAUUCAAGGACUACCGCCGCCAUACAGACUUAAUAAACCGCUAAUGAGUCUAAUCACAUCUUCCGAAGUUAGACAACCAGGGAAAGCACCUAAUUAUAGCGUUAAUUGGACAAUCGGUCAAUCAGAAGCUGAGGUAAUAAACUGUACGACUGGCAAAGACGAAUUAGGCAAACCCUCUAGAAUAUCCAAACAAGGACUGUUCAGAAGAUUUUACAACUUACUAGGUAAACUUGAUACUAUAGACGACGCUGAUAAGAAUCAGUGUCGCCAUUAUUUAGACGCAAAAUCUUCGGUACAGAAUUAUUCGAUACAACACGCAACGAGCAACGUUCAGCCUAGAAACUGGAAAAACAACGAACGAGCGAGAGGAGACUCCUGUUUUGUAAUACUCACACGCGAGAGAAACAGAGAGAGAUAGUAUUUACAAUGAUCUCUAGCGAUCCGCGUGACAACUGUCGUCAGUCGAAUUCUAGGUACGCAACAGUGAAAUAGAAAUCGUCAACGAAACGGAGAGAAGCAGAGGGUAAUACGAUUUUUUGCACGUCAAGAUAUACACGUAAAUAGUUACAUCGAACUGCUUGCAUUCGAGGACGCGGCCGUGAUUCGCGUUUCACCGAAUUCCCGAAUCCAUACGAUGAGAAAUUGGCAGCCUCCUUCGAACGAUUUCUUCUUUCUUUCUUUUUUUUUUUUAAUCGUGGAAGUCUCGACUGGCUGCUCGGAGAAGAUAGAAUCUUGGAACAAAGUCUCGCUCUCAUCGAUUCGUAUUCGACAGUCGAUGAAACAGCUACUCGUGCCGUGGAAUGCAAGUCCUUGUACAAGGAUAUGAGUUUUUCGUUGAAGCGACCCCGCAGAUCGUGUUGUGCCGUGCUACACGUGUCAGGUAUAUUAAAUUUAUAUAGAUUCUUGAGUUACGAGAGACAUGUCGUCUGUUUUGCUGUACAUCGUGGUCUUUUAUGCGUAUACGCUAAUAUCACGCGAUAGUCCACGUGGCUAGUGGCGAUCGUGCGAUCGACCGGUUGCCUCUCGAAUUUAGUCAGAGUGUCGUCGACAGCCGAGAUUCCGCGAGACGAGCCGUAUUCCACGUGUCACGAGCCACUGGACACCCUAACAAAAUAUCUUCGUCGGAUGGCAUUUCCUUCGAUUCGCGCGUGUCGUCGAGAGAUUCGGUCCUUCGCGCAAUGUAGGAGCUUCGUCUCGUAUAUAUUUUCGCAGACGCAAAUCUUAUCCAAUCGAAGCUGCCCUCCGGUGCCUCCCGCGCGAUACGACGCGCGUCUCGCCGAAUGUUUUUCAUCGAUUACGUAUUACCGUUAUGAAACUCGUGUUUCCAGCAGUUUUUUUCUCUCUCUUUUUUUUUUUUUUAAUCG